AAGUACUUUCCCCUUGGCUUCCAGAUAUUUUCCAUCAACCCCCAUGGCUCUGGAAAUGCUAAAUGAGCUCCUCGUAGGUGACCCACACCCACCUCUGCUGUUGUAUCAGGUCAGCAAGACUUGCCAGUUAGAUACCCUCAACUAUCAGAGCUGCUCUAUGCAGGGCAUCUUUGCACGUUUCCCUGAGGUCUUAUUCAUUCAUCGUACCUACAACCCCUGGGGUAAGGUGUUAUAUACCUUCCUGGUGGAUGGGCCUCAGGUGCAGCUGGAGGGUCAUCUCGCCCGGACAGUCUAUUUUGCUAUACCUGCCAAGGAGGAUGCAGAAGACCUGGCCCAGAUGUUCCAAGUGUUCAAGAAGUUUAACCCCCUGUGGGAACGAGUUUGCACCAUCUUGGUGGACCCGCAUUUCCUCCCCCUGCCCACUCUGGCUAUGGAGUUCCCCACAGCAGAAGUCCUGCUCUCAGCCUUUCACAUCUGUAAGUUCCUCCAAGGCAAAUUCUAUCAGUUGGCCCUGGAACAGCCUGUGGAGCAGGUGCUGCUGGCCUCCCUCCAGAGCACCAUGUGCUCUGCCACAGCCAGCAACCUUCGGAAGCUGUACACGCUCCUGUGCACCUGCAUCCCCCCUUCACAGCUGUCCGAGCUCCACUCCCACUGGCUACUCAAUGACCGCAUCUGGCUGGCCCACCGCUGGAGAAGCCGAGCUGAGAGUAGCCGCUAUUUUCAGGGCCUGGAGGUCACCACUCGUGUCCUCAGUCUGUCCUUUGGCGCCAGCCCAUCUGUGGAACAAGGCAUGGCCACUCUCCUCCGCUACAUGCAGCAGAAAACCGAAGGCAAGGCAAGCUUCAGUCUUGGUGGGAGUCCCACCGGGCAUCAUGGCCCUUCAGACUUGAACCCCGAAAGCCCCGGGCAGUUGGUGGAGGCCCGCAUCCAGCACUCCCUCAAUGCCAUCUGCACAGGGCCGGCUGCCCAGCUGUGUCUGGGUGAGCUUGCAGUGGUACAGAAAUCUGUGCACCUUAUCGGCUCAGGCUCAGAGAAGAUGAACAUCCAGAUCCUGGAGGACAAGCACAGGGUGCAGGCCCAGCCCCUGGCCAGCUGCAGCUGCUACUUCAACAAGGUUUUCCACCUGCCCUGCCGCCAUAUCCUCGCCAUGCUCAGUGCCCGUGGGCAGGUACUCCAGCCAGACAUGCUGCCGGCUACGUGGACAGCAGGCCAAGCUGCCAGCCUAGACAACAUCCUGCACAGCAAAUGCAGUGAGGCAUUAGACAAACACUUGGCAGUGGCUCUCCUCACUGAGGAGGUGGGGCAGCUCCUCCAACACUGCAGCCCCGAGGAGUUUGCAAGACGCUAUAGCACCCUGCGAGAACUGGCUGACAGCUGGAUUGGCCCUUAUGAGCAGGUCCAGCUGUGAUCAGUGCCUGGCCACCUUACCCCUUCGCUUCUCUGCACACUUGCUGUUAUUCUUGAUAGGCACAGGGAGGAGGACACGGCUCUCGCCUGCUACAGCCUGGAUCUGAUCUGUGUCCAACUGCCUGAGACAGACACCAUCAAGCCUUCGCUCUCAAGGGCCCAUUAGUACAUCAUUUUA